AUCAGUCUUUAACCGCAUCGCUCGGUGCGGUGACAUACAAUUUGAUUCAACGUGUCCAAGAAUUAUUAGCAGCUAAUUAAAAGCAAUAAACAAGUGAAAGUAACGCUUGGUGUAUAUUUCAAGCGUAUUAAAUAAAUUUAGUGAAUUAAUAUAUAAAAAAUUAGUGGUUGAUAUGGGGAAUCCUGGAAAAGAGGAUAACAUUAUACCCGAACGUGCCGCCUGGAGCAAGCCGUUAGAGUUUGUCCUGUCAUGCAUUGGGUACGCCGUAGGUUUGGGCAACGUGUGGCGGUUUCCUUAUUUGUGCUAUCAGAAUGGCGGAGGUGCUUUCUUAAUAACAUACUUUAUUAUGUUAAUCAUUAUGGGAAUGCCAAUUUUUCUUCUGGAAUUGGUCAUUGGUCAGUAUUCCGGAUUAGGCCCUGAUGAGGCUUUCACCCGAAUGGCUCCAAUUUUCCGAGGUCUAGGCUACUGCACCUUGGUGGUCAUAACUAUCGUGACUAUAUAUUACAUGGUCAUCAUUGCCUGGGCUCUAUUCUACUUCUUUGCCUCUUUCACGUCUGAAUUACCGUUUGGGUCAUGCUCAAAUUCAUUUAAUACCCAAGGUUGCUACAGUGUUGCCCAAGACGAGAAAUGCAAGACAAGCGAAACAUUUUAUAACCGCACUUGUAGUUCAAUUGAUAAAAUCUGCAAAGAGGCAAAUUUUACAGGGUACGAAGACAAGUUCCAUUGCAAAACUGAAGAUGGCAAAAUUCACUUAAAAAAAGUAUUGACGGAUAGAGUACUUGCUACAUCUGAGUAUUUUAAUAACUACGUUCUGGGUAGACAUGAUGCUACUUGGGAAGAAUUUGGUGGAUUAAGGUGGCAACUGGUACUCUGCCUUCUACUGGCUUGGAUCAUUGGAUACCUUUGUGUGGUUCGCGGAGUUAAAACCUCAGGAAAAGCCGUAUAUUUUACAGCACUCUUUCCUUAUGUAGUUCUUACAAUCUUAGUAGUGUUUGGUCUCACUCUAGAAGGUUCAGGAGAUGGAAUUUUGGUAUACCUCAAACCAAAUUGGGAGAAACUAUUGGAAGCUAAAGUUUGGGGAAAUGCAGCGUCUCAAACGUUUUACUCUUUUGGAAUUGGAUGUGGGUCAUUGAUUACAUUGUCAUCCUAUAGUGACUUCAGUAACAACUGUCUGAAAGAUGCACUGAUUGUAACAGCAGCCAAUGCCUUCACAUCAAUCUACGCCGGAUUUGCAAUUUUUGCCAUGUUGGGUUUUCUGGCUUUAAAAACUGGUUUGCCAGUUGAAGAAGUUGCAGAACAAGGGCCUGGUUUAGCUUUUGUGGCAUACCCGGAAGCUUUGCUUCAGUUACCGGUGCCUACCCUCUGGGCAUUGAUCUUUUUCUUCAUGUUGUUUGUGCUUGGCCUAGGAAGUCAAUUUGCUGGUGUUGAAGCAAUCAACACCACUUUGUUGGAUAAAUGGCCCAAGUUAAGGAAGCACCAAGUAUACGUCACGUUAACAAUUUGCAUAUUAUGCUUUCUGUUGGCUUUGCCAAUGUGUGCUGAUGGUGGGAUCUACUUAUUCACUAUUUUGGAAUGGAAUACCGCAUCGUGGGCAAUUUUACUUAUUGGUUUAGCAGAGGUCGUAAUUGCAUCAUGGGCUUAUGGAUGCAACAGAUUUUUGGAUAACAUGGAGGAUAUGCAAAUGAAGUUAUCUUUACCAGCGAGGUGGUGGUGGUGGGGAUGUUGGGUUAUUUUAACACCAGCCUCAUUAAUUGGAGUGUUUGCAUUUCAAAUGUCCACAUUUGAGUUUGCAGAAUAUGAGGGUUAUGCAUUUCCCGAUUGGGCUGAUAUUUUAGGAGUGUUAGUAGGAUUAGCCACUCUUGCACCUAUGCCCAUUAUGGCCGGAAUAUCUCUCUUUCAACGAAAAUACUCAGGAAUGGAAUGGUUGCGUCCAACAAGGGAUUGGGGUCCUCAAAAAAAGUCAGGCAGUACAGAAAUACUGACGGAAAAAGACGAAAAGCCAGUAUAUACAAUAGAAAUACAGAAAUAAUAGUAGACAUCAUUAAUUCAAUCGCAUUAAUUUAAAUAGUUUUGUUAUGAAUUCAUACUAAGUUAUUCACUGAAACGUUCACAGAAAAUGAAAGUAUUUGAUGUGAAGUGAUAAGAGAUUAUGAAAUGCUCGCAAUUUAAUUUAAUCUCGUUGUCAUCUGAUCAUAAUCACAAGUAUUUUUGUGAGAAAAAUCACGGAGCGGAUGUUUAAAUUAUAAGUGGGCAAUAAGAUCAUAAUGACAUGAUCGUGUGCCAACUCAUGUAUCACUAUUCAAGUAGAAAUUAAGAUCACUGAUAUUUAUGAAAUGUAAUUUUAAUAUAUUUUGUUAGAAAUGAUAAAACAAAAACUAGUUCUUAUCAA